AGAAAACACGGGUGUGAUCUCUGAUCUGGAGUCUGAGAAACUGUGUGUGUGUGUGUGUGUGUGUGUGUGUGUGUGUGUGUGUGUGUGUUUAAAGAACCCAAAAAGAACCCUGUGUUCCCUGGCAGGAAGCGUUUCAGGAGUCGUGCAGAAGACUGUGUGUGUGUGUGUGUGUGUGUGUCUUUAAGGAACAGGUGGCUGUGAACAGUGACGCGUUAAUGGCACUUACAGAGGAGACAUGAAGCCUUCUCCUUCUUCUUCUUCUUCUUCUUCUUCUUCUCCUUCUACUUCUUCUUAUUCUCCGUCUCCUUCUUCUCCUUCUUCUCCUGUUCCUCUCCCGUUCCCAGGUCUUCAGCGCGCACGAGCACGUUAUUAAUGCGCUCCUUCACCGGCCUGCGGUCGCGUCGCGUCUGGUCAUGAAUCAGGAUUAAAUGCUGUUGAUUCGCUCUGUGAUCUGAUCUGAUCUGAUCUGCUGUGAUCUGAUCUAAUAUGAUGUGAUGUGCUGUGAUGGACUGAUGUGUGCGAUGCUCCUGACCGCUCUCCCGCAGAUCAGCUCGAAGGUUGAUGAACCUGUCGAUAUGCUCCCAAAAACCAGAAAAGCGCUCAGCAUCCAGGAGAUCGCAGCUUUGGCCAGAUCAUCGCUAAACGGGAUCUCCCAGGUGGUGAAAGAUCAUGUGACCAAGCCGACAGCGAUGGCUCAGGGUCGAGUUGCUCACCUGAUUGAAUGGAAAGGCUGGUCCAAACCGCUCGAUCCCUCGUCUGCUACGCUGCAGUCGCAUUUUAACUCUUACUCACACCUCAGCGAGGGAGAGCAGGAGGCACGCUUUGCAGCAGGUGUGGCGGAGCAGUUUGCUAUUGCAGAAGCUAAACUCCGAGCUUGGAAUUCUGUGGAUGAGGAGGAUGUGGAGAAAGAUUGUUCCGAUGAGGAGUUCGCUCAAAAUAAUGAGUUAACCAUCAGCACUCAGAGCUCAGACGCUGUGCUGUCCAAUCAGGAGAGCUUGUCGCUGUGCCAGCCUGAAACAGAUCAGAACAUCAGUGAGGUAUCCAGCCUCAUCCUGAGUCACUCCGACGCCCAUCACAACGUAGAAGAACCACAAGGAACCGAAGAAUUACAAAUUCCAGCAGAAGAUCUCCAGCUGUCAUCCAAUGAGGUCCAGAAGCUUAAACGCAGGUCCUACUGGAGCAGAGGCGACUCCUGCUACCACUCUGCUUCCUACUCUGAGUCCUGUCUUUGCCCAGAAGAAGAGGAUGAAAGGGAACAGGAAGUAGAAACGGAGGACAAUGUUUUUCAGGAGGUGAUCUGCUGGUACAGCACGUCCGAUACUUCAGGCGCCGCGUCUUUUGACGAUGAGGUGGAUGUGGAGGAUUGAGAAAUUUCCAUGAGGUGAUGAGGUUUUCUCAGCAUAUCUCUGUACGGUUCAUCCCUUUCGUGUCCUCCUCAAUCUGGCAAUCAUCUGGACGUUUGGUGGACGGAUCAAUGGACACAUUUAUCUUCUCUCAUCUUUUGCUGUCUGUAUUUUGAGAUUUCUCCAUGCAGUGAACGUAUUGUUAUCAAAACGAGGGAUGAGGAUCAGGAGGUUCUGAGGUUAAUAGGAAGUUGCGGUUCGAUGAUGUCAUAUAUAAAUAUAUAGAAACAGAUGUAGGAAAUAGCACAGAAAAUUAUGACCUUCAAAUGACCUUUAUUUAAUAUCAGAAGUGAGCGUUACAGAUGAUCGCAUUAGGAAAUGGGUUUUGUAAAUUGGAAAUAAAUAUUGCGAAAUAAUUACAAUAAAGUAUCGUUUCUGUUAAAAUAGAACGAAUAUUUUACAUUUAAACGCCAGUUUAUCGCUCACACGCGGCUUCAGUGGGAAUCGGACCCAUGAUGAGUACGAUUCUGACACGCCUCCCAGACGUUACCGUAGCAUAUCAGCUCCGCGGAGGUUCUGCUACGAGGAUUUGAGGCUCCGCCGUGGGAAACGUGAGACGCAUGGAAACGCAUUACUACAAUCACUGUGUGAUGUCGUACCUCAGAGAACUGAUACGUUCCUUCUCUUCUCUCUUUCUUCUUCUCGUUCGUUUUUUUCUGCUCCACUGUGACGUGAAACGUUUGCUGUCAGCUGCCGAGAUGUCCUGCAGCAGGUCCACAGCGUGCUCAUGAUGCAACACACUGGAGCAUUUUGGAACAAUCUAAAAGAGAACCCCUGAGAACGUUUGAGACAUUUUUAAACAUUAGAAACUUCUGGACGACUUUGAAAUGUUCUGGAAGGGUUUAGAUUGCUCUUGAACGCUCUGGAAACAGGCAGUAGAACCUCAUCGACGUGCAUGACGUGCCACAGCAAAGUUAUACUUGUGAUCCAUAAUAAUCGACGUGGCAUUAUUCCGUAAACGUGGCCUGGUGACGUGGCCUUGUGUGUGUUCGUGACGGUGGGACGUGACGUUCGACGUGCAAUCUUUUUAUUUUCCGUUCGUUCGUUUGAUUUGUUUUUUAAAUCCUUUGUAUAAGAACUUGUUUGGAAAUUGCAGUGAUCACGUGAUUGCAUUAAAGUGGAUGAGUGUAA